UGGGCAUGGCCUGUUAUUACUAGGGGGUUGGAAGGAUGAUCGGGGCUGACCUCUUCCCAUUUCUCUCUCUUCUUGAAGGUUGUCAGUCGUCUUAUCUUUUCCCCUUGUCCUACCAAUGGCAAUUUUGGCUGGAAGUACUCGCACUACUAGUUAGGUGGAAACAGACAACAUGAGCGAUAUCAAGUCAAAUCCCGACUCCAAAGCCAAUGCCGCAGAGGCACCUACUAUCGAACACGAGGAGUCCGCUCAAGAAUCGAAAUGGAAGACAGCAAAGCCUGCCGAUGGCGAUGUCGCCAUGGCAUUAUUCAACGACCCAACUGACCUCCAUGAAGACGUUGAUCCAGCUGAGAUGAGAAAAUUGAUAUGGAAGAUCGAUUUCAUGAUUCUGCCGUAUCUUGCCGUCUGCUAUGCGUUCUUUUAUAUUGACAAGACAACUCUGAGUUACGCUGCUAUCUUCGGCAUUGUCGAGGAUCUCAAUUUGCACGGUACACAGUACAGCUGGCUCAGUAGUAUCUUCUACAUUGGGUUCUUGAUCUGGGCAUUUCCUACAAACUUUCUCAUGCAGCGCUUGCCUAUAGGAAAAUACCUUGGCGUGAACAUCUUCAUGUGGGGCGUCUUCCUCAUGAUCCAAGCCGCAUGCAACGAUUUUAAAACCCUCGCCGUCCUUCGAGCCCUGGGAGGAGCUGCUGAAGCUUGCGCAGAUCCGGGUUUCAUGCUCAUCACGAGUAUGUGGUACACGCGACGAGAACAACCCGUGCGCAUGGGUCUGUGGUAUACUGCCAAUGGACUUGGAAUUGCACUUGGUGGCUUGCUCGGUUAUGGUAUUGGAAAUAUCAAGGGUGCUCUUCCUUCGUGGAAGUACGAGUUUAUCGUGAUUGGUGCUCUCUGCUCAGCAUGGGGAAUUGUCAUGUUCAUCUUCCUUCCGGAUUCGCCCGUCACUGCGCCGGGACUCGACCAGAGACAGCGUCGAAUGGCCGUCGAGCGAUUGAAGAAGAAUCAGACAGGUAUUGAGAACAAGCAUCUCAAACCACGUCAAGUGCUCGAGGCUUUCUUGGACUACAAGCUCUACAUCUUCUUUCUCUUGGGUAUAGUCUCCAAUAUCCCAAACGGCGGUAUCUCCAACUUCGGAACGAUUAUCAUCCAAGGUUUUGGUUUUUCAACCCUAGUCACCACACUGAUGCAGAUCCCCUACGGUGUCCUAAUCGCUAUCUCCAUCCUCGUAUGCGUCUACCUCAAUGACCGCUUCGAAAACCGACGCUGCGUCUUCAUCCUCAUUUUCCUCCUUCCCAACAUUGCUGGUUCCUUCGGUCUGCGCUUCGUGUCGGCAGAUCAAAUGGUCGGUCGCUUGAUCUGUUACUACUUGACAGGGCCGUAUAACGCAGCUUUCGUUAUGAUCCUGAGUAUGCAAGUUGCGAAUACGGCAGGCCACACCAAAAAGGUCGUCACCAAUGCAGUCCUCUUCCUUGGCUACUGCACCGGAAAUCUCGCAGGUCCAUUCUUCUAUAAAGAUGCACAGAAACCUCUGUAUGAACUAGGCAUCUGGUCCAUGAUCGUCUCCCACCUAAUCGAAGUCAUCCUGAUCAUAGCCCUUGGGUUCCUCCUGCGCUGGGAGAAUCAGAGGCGGGAUAGAAUUCAGUCUCAGAUGGAGGGUGGUCUAGAGGGGAGGGAUUUGGAUGCUACUGCAUUUUUGGAUUUGACAGAUCGGGAGAAUUUGAACUUCCGGUAUAUAUAUUGA